UACUAAUUACUACAUUGAUAGCUCCCCAACUGAACUGAAAGAAGCAAAGCAAAGUCAGAAAUGCCAACGAUUCUAUCCACGAUGUCAUCGUCGCUGAGAGUAAGUGUAAGAGCAUCAUGGGACACUCAGCAAAGACUCACUUACAAUCCAAAUGCUCCUCGAAAACACACCAAAAAUCCCACCUCUCAGCCCAACACUUUGUCUUUACCACCACCCACCACAACUUCACCUCUCUCAGUCACUGUAACAACUCAAUCAGUUUCUAACCUUCUCAAACGCAACACUACACCUCAAGACUUACCGAAGUCUAUGGUAGGAGUUAUGAAGAAAUUGGAUGAUACAUAUUUGGGAUAUGAAAGAUGGAUGCCCACUCCACCAAAAGUGGAAAAGCCUCGAUCAGUUUAUAAUGCAGCAACUUUAGCAUAUAUCGGUGAUAGCAUAUAUGAGCUAUAUGCUCGAAGACACUUUUUGUUUCCUCCACUAAGCAUUGAGGAAUACAAUGAUCGCGUAAUGUCAGUAGUACGCUGUGAAGCACAGGAUGCGUUGCUUCAUAAGCUUCUUAAUGAUAACUUCUUGUCAAAAGAAGAAAGAGAUGUCCUUCGGUGGGGGAAGAAUAUUGCUUCAGCUAAAACACGGACAAAAAAACGUGCUGGAGCAGCAGUUUAUAACCGAGCAUCUUCACUGGAGACACUAGUUGGUUACUUGUACUUGACAGAUGUAACUCGUUUGGAAGAAGUCAUGCUAAAGUUGGGAUUCUCAGUUGACUCAUCUACACCGGUGCUGGAGGAAACCGAUAGUGAGCAAGCACAAUAGCCUAUAAAGCUGGAGUUGCACAGGCAUAUACCAACAUUUUGGAGUCUUCAACUGUCAUGUAUAAACUUUAUAAAGUCUAUGAUAAUUAGUUGUAUAUGCACAGCUUCUAGGCAAGAUACUUCAAUGUAGACUUGAAAUGUUCAUGUUUUGCUUCCAGUAAUGAUCCAAAGGAGUUGCAUGAUCCAAAA